AAAACACGACGCCGCCAUGAACUGAACUAAGAGCAUCUCUCCCCCUCGCCUCUCUUCUCAAACUCAAACCCUAAUUCGAAUCUCUCUCACUAACCCUAAAUCUAUGAAGCUCCAUUGAAUGCUCUAAGAAGCAUGAAUCAAGUGAAAGCUAUAGUGUUAUCAUUCAAUAGAUCUCGGGCAACGUCAUAGCAUCAAGAAAAGAAGAAAAAGAUAGAGGAUUGUGACGAAUCGUGGUGAAGCCUACCUACGGAACGGAGGCUUGGUCCGGAAUUUGUUGAAUCAUGAAGAUGAAGCUGAACCGAAGAGAAGCCCAGAGAUGAGGUAAUAACGUCAAAACAGGGAAUUCAUAUCAGAGUUGCUGUGUUGUUGUGAAGAACAUGCAGAGGUGUGUCUAUGCUAUUCCAACUACUCUUUUGCGCUCCUCUGAGAUGAUACAGCUUGAGAAUUAUGUUCAAGAGUCUAAAGUUACUCCUGCAGAUUUCCUUAAAAAGCUGCAAGACGCAGUAUGUGAUACAAAAAAAGAGAUAGCAAAACACCUUGUGGAUCUGGGCGUUUCUACCUUUAGCAUGGCACCUGUUAAGAGGAAUUAUGCAUUUGAACGAUCUGACAUACCUGCAGGUGAAAAUUACAUGGUGAAAAUAGACUAUCUGUUCAAGGAUACAACACUUCCAGUAGACCUCAAAGGAGAAAGUUUUCGUUCUAUUCUUCUUAAACUCGUACACCAAGAGCCUUUCAUCUUUCUCGUCCCACAAACUGACUACUCUGGCAGAGAGGAGGCGAAAACAUGGUUUCCCUGCAGAGGACCCUUCGACAGCCAAACCUUCAACAACUGUCGUAGAGGAGAAAAAGAGUUUUCUGCCAAUUAGUCCUGCCACAAAAACUGAACAAAUGAGAGAAUGCUUGCGUUCUCUCAAGCAGAACCACAAGGAGGAUGACGCUAGAGUGAAAAAAGCUUUCCAAACUCUUCUAACAUAUGUGGGGAAUGUUGCCAGAAAUCCCGAUGAUGAAAAAUUCAGGAAGAUUCGCCUUAGUAACGCAGCUUUUCAAGUAAGAAAACCCGUAAAGAUGGUGUGUUGUACUUCAGUAUUUUCAGGGGAUUCAGUGUAGCUACUAGUACAUGGGGAAGAUAAAAGAGCUUUACCCUACCAAAAAAAGAAAAGGAAAAAAAUUGAUUAAAUCAAUAAUCUUGAAAUUCGGAUGGGGAUUAUAACAGAGUUUGGGACACUUGAGUCAUCAAAUUAUUGUUGGGCAUAGGUAGAGAUUUGUAUUCACCACACUGUUAGCUGAAGAUUUCGUUGAACAAAUAUAUGUGCUUCGAAGGAGUGUAUGAUCGAAGGCAAGGUGGUUACUGAUGACCAUCUCUGAGAAAUAUAAAAUGGCUACUGAUGGCCAUGUUUCGAUAGCAAGAAAUGUCUAAGUUUUUUAUGAAGAUGAUGGCUACUGAAAGCUAUUAGAAAGACAUAUCCUCGAAGACUUAGACAAAAUUUAUAAAUUUGCUUAAGUAUUAUUAUUUAGCGUGUUUGUUAGUAAGUGUUAUUAACAUACUGCCACGCGUCGAAGAUGGACUCAGGCGGGAAGAUUUGAAAUUCGAAGAUAGUUGCGUAACUGCUUAUUCACAGAUGUCAUCGCU